AUGUUCUCCCAAAGAAUCUUCGCCGUCAUCGUCUUCCUCACCGCCACCGCCAUCUUCUCGGCCUCCGCAUCUCCUGUUGCCUCUCCAUCCCCUGUUCCGGAAGAUGUACCACCAGGUCUCGUCAUCCUCAAACGGACCACGACAGCCGACAACGGCACCCUCGCCUGGUACGGCCAGGCCGCAAACGCUACCUCAUACAGGAACGAGACCACCGCAUACAAAGGCCUCGACUGCCGCAACGAUCAACGUGAACUCACAUGCCGGGACGACUUUGCCGCCAGCCGCGAUGCCUGCCUCGACGUCACAAACACGCUCACGGGCGAUAAGUUUAAAAAGAACACGCGAUCCAUUUGCAAAACGGAUAACAAGGGCGACCAGUGUUGUAUAUCCUGGCAGGAUGGAGUAUCUGAGGGUGAGCACACAACAUUGAAGGGCCCGGCAGAACAGCUGAUUUUUCACUGCUGGUUUUUUAGGGAUGGGAAAUAUAUGUGUUUGAGUAAUAGGCCUGAUGGGUGUGUGUAG